AUGGUCUUAGUUCACUUUUAUUCAUCCCUGAAAUUGUUAGAAGUAAAGUUAAUUUAUGCCCCCAGUACAUCAACAAUAAUUCAAAUUUGUGCAUUUUUUGUUGACAUGUUUGUAAACAGUUGUAAAGACUUAGGGUCUUCAUGGAUAAAGUGCUAUUGUGUUUCAGACAAGUGGAUCCAAAGAUCAGUGAAAAGAAAAAGUGGAAGCUCAAGUAAAGGGAAAGAGAAUAUGGUUCCAGAUGAUGGGCAUCCAAAAGGAAAUGAAUUGAUAGGGUCCAAUGAAGAGUUAGAGUACCAGGUUGAAAGUGAAUCACUUGCUUUAACUGCACCUCAUAAGCCAUUUGUUCCCAAGGUUCCAAGUGGCAUUGUUGCACCACCGUCCAAAAAACAAAAUGCACUUUCUCCUGCAAGAAGUAAAAUAAUGCAAAGUUAUGAUCAUAGCAAUGAUGGUUCACUCAAAGACUUAGAAGACAACUUAGAAGAUGAGGGAGAAGAGAGUACUCUUUUAUUGGUUGGAAAUCACAAGCAAUUUGUUCCAAAAGUUCCAUCAAAUUUAAUGCUAAACCAUUCUAAGAAACAAAACACCAGCAAUAUUUCUUUUCAUUAUGUCGUAGAAGAAAUUAUUUCAGAAGAGUAUGUACAGCAUUCAGACAAAUAA